CCUUUUGUGCGAGCGCCGGCGGCUCGGCUUCUCGAAGGUAAACAGCGCUUCCUCUUCCUCCUCGCCGCGCCUCUUCCUUUUAUAGUUAUUUCUCGCCUGGCACUCGCCCGGGCUGCUGCUGCUGCUGCUGCCGCCGCGGCGGGGGCAGCUCGCAAACCUGUGGCGGUGACGUGAGCCCCGCCAACCCGGAAACGGCGGCGGCGGCACCGGAGGCUCCGAGGCUCCUGCGCUCCCGCGCCGCGCUCCCCUCGCCCGCCCGGGCCGCCAGGAGAAGAAACUGAGGCCUGGAAUUUGAUUAAUUCUUUCAAGGUUACCCAGUUGGUAAUUCAUUUGCACACCUGUUAGCAAGAAGCAGAAGUUGAAGGACUGGAACAAGUGAACUAGGAAAGAGGGAACGCCAAUCCAAGGAUAGAAGGACAAGGACAGAAUCACCAGCACUGGCUGAAGGUACCUUAACAUGGGGAAUCUUCUUAAAGUUUUGACAUGCACAGACCUUGAGCAGGGGCCAAAUUUUUUCCUUGAUUUUGAAAAUGCCCAGCCUACAGAGUCUGAGAAGGAAAUUUAUAAUCAGGUGAAUGUAGUAUUAAAAGAUGCAGAAGGCAUCUUGGAGGACUUGCAAUCAUACAGAGGAGCUGGCCACGAAAUACGAGAGGCAAUCCAGCAUCCAGCAGAUGAGAAGUUGCAAGAGAAGGCAUGGGGUGCAGUUGUUCCACUAGUAGGCAAAUUAAAGAAAUUUUACGAAUUUUCUCAGAGGUUAGAAGCAGCAUUAAGAGGUCUUCUGGGAGCCUUAACAAGUACCCCAUAUUCUCCCACCCAGCAUCUAGAGCGAGAGCAGGCUCUUGCUAAACAGUUUGCAGAAAUUCUUCAUUUCACACUCCGAUUUGAUGAACUCAAGAUGACAAAUCCUGCCAUACAGAAUGAUUUCAGCUAUUAUAGAAGAACAUUGAGUCGUAUGAGGAUUAACAAUGUACCGGCAGAAGGAGAAAAUGAAGUAAAUAAUGAAUUGGCAAAUCGAAUGUCUUUGUUUUAUGCUGAGGCAACUCCAAUGCUGAAAACCUUGAGUGAUGCCACAACAAAAUUUGUAUCAGAGAAUAAAAAUUUACCAAUAGAAAAUACCACAGAUUGUUUAAGCACCAUGGCUAGUGUAUGCAGAGUCAUGCUGGAAACACCGGAAUACAGAAGCAGAUUUACAAAUGAAGAGACAGUGUCAUUCUGCUUGAGGGUAAUGGUGGGUGUCAUAAUACUCUAUGACCACGUACAUCCAGUGGGAGCAUUUGCUAAAACUUCCAAAAUUGAUAUGAAAGGUUGUAUCAAAGUUCUUAAGGACCAACCUCCUAAUAGUGUAGAAGGUCUUCUAAAUGCUCUCAGGUACACAACAAAACAUUUGAAUGAUGAGACUACCUCCAAGCAAAUUAAAUCCAUGCUGCAAUAACAAUUCUGGAAUAAGCACCUGCUGUAGACAGAAGACAGUAUUCUGCAAUGACUGAGAAUGCAGUUUUUUAGUGAUUGCAAUUACUAUCUCAUUUAUUCUUGCUUUUAUUUCUUUCCUCUGUUCCUCUUCCCUCUUUUUUAAUCAUGUUCUUGUUCUUAAGACUUCUUUUCUGUGCCAAAAUCAGUAAAGUUACACUCUGAAGGGAUAUCAUCCUUUCAAAUGGGCCAUCUAAGGCAGCUAAUUAUGCAUUGCAUUGGGGUCUCUACUGAGAAAAAUUCUGUGACUUGAACUAAAUAUUUUUAAAUGUGGAUUUUUUUUGAAACUAAUAUUUAAUAUUGCUUCUCCUGCAUGGCAAAACUGCCUAUUCUGCUAUUUAAAAACCCUCAAUGACUUUAUUUUCUACUGCCGCCUUUUUCAUGUGCAACCAAAAUGAAAAUGUUUAAAUUAACUGUGUUGUACAAAUGGUACCCAACACAAACUUUUUUUAAAUUAGUAAUACUUUUGUUUAAAGUUUUAAGUUUGCAUUUUGACUUUUUUUGUAAGGAUGUAUGUUUUGUGUUUAACCUUUAUUAACUAACGUUAAAAACUGUGAUGUGUGCGUAGAAUAUUACGUAUGCAUGUUCAUGUCUAAAGAAUGGCUGUUGAUGAUAAAAUAAAAAUCAGCUUUCAUUUUUCUAA